AGAAUUUUGCCUGGUGUGUGCAUCUUCCCAUCCUGCUUAUUGCCAACAUGAGCUGUGGAGGAAGAGGACGAGGAAGGGGUCAUCAUGAACCCCAUGGCCAUCAUGAGCAUCAUGAACACCACGGCCAUCAUGGUCACCAUGGCCAUCAUGAACACCGUGGCCAUCAUGGUCACCAUGGCCAUCAUGAACACCGCGGCCAUCAUGGCCACCAUGGCCAUCGUGAUCACAGCCCUGAAGGGAAGCCUAGUGACUGGUGCCAAACAACCACAACCACCUUCACCAUCCCAUCUGAGGUUUCAAAUCCAGUCAUCCAACCUACCAUUCCCUAUGUUGGACCAAUAGCUGGAGGUAUAAGACCAGGAACACGACUGCAUGUUCAAGGAACUGUUCAUCCUAAUGCCAAAGAGUUUCAAAUUAACUUUAAAACAGGGAUAAACAAUGCCGAUGACGUCGUCUUUCACUUCAACCCCCGGAUCGGUCAAUAUGUUUACAUGAACAUCUUCAAAAGUGGGAAAUGGCAGAAGGAGGAAUUGGGUCCCGAAAAGCCCUUCGUGAGGGGAGCAUCCUUUAAAUUACUGUUUCUCGUCAACAAGGAUUGCUAUGAGGUUCAUGUGAAUGGACAGCAUCUUUACUCAUUCAAACACCGCCUUCCUUUAGAGAGCGUUACUACACUUGGAAUAGUUGGAGAUGUUGUAAUACACUGGUUGGGAUUUGAAGACUGGAAGCAAACAACCACAACCACCUUCACCAUCCCAUCUGAGGUUUCAAAUCCAGUCAUCCAGCCUACCAUUCCCUAUGUUGGACCAAUAGCUGGAGGUAUAAGACCAGGAACACGACUGCAUGUUCAAGGAACUGUUCAUCCUAAUGCCAAAGAGUUUCAAAUUAACUUUAAAACAGGGAUAAACAAUGCCGAUGACGUCGUCUUUCACUUCAACCCCCGGAUCGGUCAAUAUGUUUACAUGAACAUCUUCAAAAGUGGGAAAUGGCAGAAGGAGGAAUUGGGUCCCGAAAAGCCCUUCGUGAGGGGAGCAUCCUUUAAAUUACUGUUUCUCGUCAACAAGGAUUGCUAUGAGGUUCAUGUGAAUGGACAGCAUCUUUACUCAUUCAAACACCGCCUUCCUUUAGAGAGCGUUACUACACUUGGAAUAGUUGGAGAUGUUGUAAUACACUGGUUGGGAUUUGAAGACUGGAAGCAAACAACCACAACCACCUUCACCAUCCCAUCUGAGGUUUCAAAUCCAGUCAUCCAGCCUACCAUUCCCUAUGUUGGACCAAUAGCUGGAGGUAUAAGACCAGGAACACGACUGCAUGUUCAAGGAACUGUUCAUCCUAAUGCCAAAGAGUUUCAAAUUAACUUUAAAACAGGGAUAAACAAUGCCGAUGACGUCGUCUUUCACUUCAACCCCCGGAUCGGUCAAUAUGUUUACAUGAACAUCUUCAAAAGUGGGAAAUGGCAGAAGGAGGAAUUGGGUCCCGAAAAGCCCUUCGUGAGGGGAGCAUCCUUUAAAUUACUGUUUCUCGUCAACAAGGAUUGCUAUGAGGUUCAUGUGAAUGGACAGCAUCUUUACUCAUUCAAACACCGCCUUCCUUUAGAGAGCGUUACUACACUUGGAAUAGUUGGAGAUGUUGUAAUACACUGGUUGGGAUUUGAAGACUGGAAGCAAACAACCACAACCACCUUCACCAUCCCAUCUGAGGUUUCAAAUCCAGUCAUCCAGCCUACCAUUCCCUAUGUUGGACCAAUAGCUGGAGGUAUAAGACCAGGAACACGACUGCAUGUUCAAGGAACUGUUCAUCCUAAUGCCAAAGAGUUUCAAAUUAACUUUAAAACAGGGAUAAACAAUGCCGAUGACGUCGUCUUUCACUUCAACCCCCGGAUCGGUCAAUAUGUUUACAUGAACAUCUUCAAAAGUGGGAAAUGGCAGAAGGAGGAAUUGGGUCCCGAAAAGCCCUUCGUGAGGGGAGCAUCCUUUAAAUUACUGUUUCUCGUCAACAAGGAUUGCUAUGAGGUUCAUGUGAAUGGACAGCAUCUUUACUCAUUCAAACACCGCCUUCCUUUAGAGAGCGUUACUACACUUGGAAUAGUUGGAGAUGUUGUAAUACACUGGUUGGGAUUUGAAGACUGGAAGCAAACAACCACAACCACCUUCACCAUCCCAUCUGAGGUUUCAGAUCCAGUCAUCCAGCCUACCAUUCCCUAUGUUGGACCAAUAGCUGGAGGUAUAAGACCAGGAACACGACUGCAUGUUCAAGGAACUGUUCAUCCUAAUGCCAAAGAGUUUCAAAUUAACUUUAAAACAGGGAUAAACAAUGCCGAUGACGUCGUCUUUCACUUCAACCCCCGGAUCGGUCAAUAUGUUUACAUGAACAUCUUCAAAAGUGGGAAAUGGCAGAAGGAGGAAUUGGGUCCCGAAAAGCCCUUCGUGAGGGGAGCAUCCUUUAAAUUACUGUUUCUCGUCAACAAGGAUUGCUAUGAGGUUCAUGUGAAUGGACAGCAUCUUUACUCAUUCAAACACCGCCUUCCUUUAGAGAGCGUUACUACACUUGGAAUAGUUGGAGAUGUUGUAAUACACUGGUUGGGUUUUGAAAAAUGGACCGUGUUUAAAGAGAAGAAAACUUUACUGAUGGGAACUGGAAGCUGGACAUUUGUCCCAUUAGAGAUUUGUGAUGCAGUCUGCAGCCCAGCACUUCCCUAUGUGGGUGGAAUCCCAGGAGGGCUUAAACGAGACAAAGCUAUAGUUUUCCAAGGGACUGUUCCUGCACAUGCAAAUUGCUUUGCAAUUAAUUUCAAAACGGGGCCGUCUGAUGGUGAUGAUAUCGCUUUUCAUUACAACCCUCGCUUUGGUGAUAUUACCGCCCUGAACAGCUUCAGAAAAGGAACCUGGGAGACACAGGAAAAUGCACCUGAUAAACCCUUCACUAAGGGAGGAGCCUUCAUAAUUCUUGUAGUCAUCAAUUCUGAGGCCUAUGAGGUCUUUGUGAAUGGAUUCAAACAUUGCACAUUCAAGCACCGCAUUGCUCUGGAGAAAGUCUCUACUGUUAACGUUUGUGGAGAUGUUUCCCUCCUCGUCUGGGGUUUUAUUGACAGCUGGAGUACAACUUCAUCCUUUAAGGAGCUGAAGACAAUCACAAGCACACCGAGCUCAGUCUCAAGUUUGAAAUUCUCACCCUCAGAGAUUUCACAUCCAGUCAUUAACACUACACUUCCCUAUGUGGGUAAAGUCCCCGGAGGGUUACAUCAAGACAGGGCUCUAUUCCUUCAAGGCAUGGUUCCUGCAAAUGCUAAUGGCUUUGCAGUAAAUUUCAAAACGGGGCCGUCUGCUGGUGAUGACAUCGCUUUUCAUUACAACCCUCGCUUUGGUGAUAUUACCGCCCUGAACAGCUUCAGAAACGGAACCUGGGAGACACAGGAAAAUGCACCUGAUAAACCCUUCACUAAGGGAGAAGCCUUCCAAAUGAUUGUACCCAUCAACUCUGAGGGUUAUGAGGUCUAUGUGAACGGUUUAAAACAUUGCACAUUCAAGCACCGGCUUCCUCUAGAGAAAGUUUCAACACUUGACAUCCAGGGUGAUAUUUCCAAACUCAUAUGGGGUUUUAUAGAUACCUGGAGUACUUCUUCAGUCUUUAAGGAAUUUCAGAAAAUCCCAGUCACAGAGACUUUGUCCACAAUCUGGGGAUCCACACCUUUCCAGAUUUCACAUCCAGUCCGCAGCUCAACACUUCCCCAUGUGGGUAAAAUACCAGGAGGAAUUAAACAAGACAUGGCUGUAUUCGUCCAAGGGACUCUUCCUUCAGAUGCCAAAAGCUUUGCAGUAAAUUUCAAAACGGGGCCGUCUGAUGGUGAUGAUAUCGCUUUUCAUUACAACCCUCGCAUUGGUGAUAUUACCGCCCUGAACAGCUUCAGAAACGGAACCUGGGAGACACAGGAAAAUGCACCUGAUAAACCCUUCACUAAGGGAGAAGCCUUCCAAAUGAUUGUACCCAUCAACUCUGAGGGUUAUGAGGUCUAUGUGAAUGGCUUAAGGCAGUGUGGGUUUAAGCACCGCAUACCUUUUGAGAAAGUUUCAGCGCUUGAAAUCCAUGGAGAUCUUUCCCAACUCAUAUAUGGUUUCAUACAUGGCUGGAGUACUUCUUCAGUCUUUACAGAACUUCAGAAAUUCCCAGUCACAGAGACUUUGUCCACAAUCUGGGGAUCCACACCUUUCCAGAUUUCAUAUCCAAUCCGCAGCUCAACACUUCCCCAUGUGGGUAAAAUACCAGGAGGGAUUAAACAAGACAUGGCUGUAUUCGUCCAAGGGACUCUUCCUUCAGAUGCCAAAAGCUUUGCAGUAAAUUUCAAAACGGGGCCGUCUGAUGGUGAUGAUAUCGCUUUUCAUUACAACCCUCGCAUUGGUGAUAUUACCGCCCUGAACAGCUUCAGAAACGGAACCUGGGAGACACAGGAAAAUGCACCUGAUAAACCCUUCACUAAGGGAGAAGCCUUCCAAAUGAUUGUACCCAUCAACUCUGAGGGUUAUGAGGUCUAUGUGAAUGGCUUAAGGCAGUGUGGGUUUAAGCACCGCAUACCUUUAGAGAACGUUUCAGCGCUUGAAAUCCAUGGAGAUCUUUCCCAACUCAUAUAUGGUUUCAUACAUGGCUGGAGUACUUCUUCAGUCUUUAAAGAACUUCAGAAAUUCCCAGUCACAGAGACUUUGUCCACAAUCUGGGGAUCCACACCUUUCCAGAUUUCAUAUCCAAUCCGCAGCUCAGCACUUCCCCAUGUGGGUAAAAUACCAGGAGGGAUUAAACAAGACAUGGCUGUAUUCAUCCAAGGGACUCUUCCUUCAGAUGCCAAAAGCUUUGCAGUAAAUUUCAAAACGGGGCCGUCUGAUGGUGAUGAUAUCGCUUUUCAUUACAACCCUCGCAUUGGUGAUAUUACCGCCCUGAACAGCUUCAGAAACGGAACCUGGGAGACACAGGAAAAUGCACCUGAUAAACCCUUCACUAAGGGAGAAGCCUUCCAAAUGAUUGUACCCAUCAACUCUGAGGGUUAUGAGGUCUAUGUGAAUGGCUUAAGGCAGUGUGGGUUUAAGCACCGCAUACCUUUUGAGAAAGUUUCAGCGCUUGAAAUCCAUGGAGAUCUUUCCCAACUCAUAUAUGGUUUCAUACAUGGCUGGAGUACUUCUUCAGUCUUUACAGAACUUCAGAAAUUCCCAGUCACAGAGACUUUGUCCACAAUCUGGGGAUCCACACCUUUCCAGAUUUCAUAUCCAAUCCGCAGCUCAACACUUCCCCAUGUGGGUAAAAUACCAGGAGGGAUUAAACAAGACAUGGCUGUAUUCGUCCAAGGGACUCUUCCUUCAGAUGCCAAAAGCUUUGCAAUAAAUUUCAAAACGGGGCCGUCUGAUGGUGAUGAUAUCGCUUUUCAUUACAACCCUCGCAUUGGUGAUAUUACCGCCCUGAACAGCUUCAGAAACGGAACCUGGGAGACACAGGAAAAUGCACCUGAUAAACCCUUCACUAAGGGAGAAGCCUUCCAAAUGAUUGUACCCAUCAACUCUGAGGGUUAUGAGGUCUAUGUGAAUGGCUUAAGGCAGUGUGGGUUUAAGCACCGCAUACCUUUAGAGAACGUUUCAGCGCUUGAAAUCCAUGGAGAUCUUUCCCAACUCAUAUAUGGUUUCAUACAUGGCUGGAGUACUUCUUCAGUCUUUACAGAACUUCAGAAAUUCCCAGUCACAGAGACUUUGUCCACAAUCUGGGGAUCCACACCUUUCCAGAUUUCAUAUCCAGUCCGCAGCCCAGCACUUCCCCAUGUGGGUAAAAUACCAGGAGGGAUUAAACAAGACAUGGCUGUAUUCGUCCAAGGGACUCUUCCUUCAGAUACCAAAAGCUUUGCAGUAAAUUUCAAAACGGGGCCGUCUGAUGGUGAUGAUAUCGCUUUUCAUUACAACCCUCGCAUUGGUGAUAUUACCGCUCUGAACAGCUUCAGAAACGGAACCUGGGAGACACAGGAAAAUGCACCUGAUAAACCCUUCACUAAGGGAGAAGCCUUCCAAAUGAUUGUACCCAUCAACUCUGAGGGUUAUGAGGUCUAUGUGAAUGGCUUAAGGCAGUGUGGGUUUAAGCACCGCAUACCUUUUGAGAACGUUUCAGCGCUUGAAAUCCAUGGAGAUCUUUCCCAACUCAUAUAUGGUUUCAUACAUACCUGGAGUACUUCUUCAGUCUUUAAAGAACUUCAGAAAAUCCCAGUCACAGAGACUUUGUCCACAAUCUGGGGAUCCACACCUUUCCAGAUUUCAUAUCCAAUCCGCAGCUCAACACUUCCCCAUGUGGGUAAAAUACCAGGAGGGAUUAAACAAGACAUGGCUGUAUUCGUCCAAGGGACUCUUCCUUCAGAUGCCAAAAGCUUUGCAGUAAAUUUCAAAACGGGGCCGUCUGAUGGUGAUGAUAUCGCUUUUCAUUACAACCCUCGCAUUGGUGAUAUUACCGCUCUGAACAGCUUCAGAAACGGAACCUGGGAGACACAGGAAAAUGCACCUGAUAAACCCUUCACUAAGGGAGAAGCCUUCCAAAUGAUUGUACCCAUCAACUCUGAGGGUUAUGAGGUCUAUGUGAAUGGCUUAAGGCAGUGUGGGUUUAAGCACCGCAUACCUUUUGAGAACGUUUCAGCGCUUGAAAUCCAUGGAGAUCUUUCCCAACUCAUAUAUGGUUUCAUACAUGGCUGGAGUACUUCUUCAGUCUUUACAGAACUUCAGAAAUUCCCAGUCACAGAGACUUUGUCCACAAUCUGGGGAUCCACACCUUUCCAGAUUUCAUAUCCAAUCCGCAGCUCAACACUUCCCCAUGUGGGUAAAAUACCAGGAGGGAUUAAACAAGACAUGGCUGUAUUCGUCCAAGGGACUCUUCCUUCAGAUGCCAAAAGCUUUGCAGUAAAUUUCAAAACGGGGCCGUCUGAUGGUGAUGAUAUCGCUUUUCAUUACAACCCUCGCAUUGGUGAUAUUACCGCCCUGAACAGCUUCAGAAACGGAACCUGGGAGACACAGGAAAAUGCACCUGAUAAACCCUUCACUAAGGGAGAAGCCUUCCAAAUGAUUGUACCCAUCAACUCUGAGGGUUAUGAGGUCUAUGUGAAUGGCUUAAGGCAGUGUGGGUUUAAGCACCGCAUACCUUUUGAGAAAGUUUCAGCGCUUGAAAUCCAUGGAGAUCUUUCCCAACUCAUAUAUGGUUUCAUACAUGGCUGGAGUACUUCUUCAGUCUUUACAGAACUUCAGAAAUUCCCAGUCACAGAGACUUUGUCCACAAUCUGGGGAUCCACACCUUUCCAGAUUUCAUAUCCAAUCCGCAGCUCAACACUUCCCCAUGUGGGUAAAAUACCAGGAGGGAUUAAACAAGACAUGGCUGUAUUCGUCCAAGGGACUCUUCCUUCAGAUGCCAAAAGCUUUGCAGUAAAUUUCAAAACGGGGCCGUCUGAUGGUGAUGAUAUCGCUUUUCAUUACAACCCUCGCAUUGGUGAUAUUACCGCUCUGAACAGCUUCAGAAACGGAACCUGGGAGACACAGGAAAAUGCACCUGAUAAACCCUUCACUAAGGGAGAAGCCUUCCAAAUGAUUGUACCCAUCAACUCUGAGGGUUAUGAGGUCUAUGUGAAUGGCUUAAGGCAGUGUGGGUUUAAGCACCGCAUACCUUUUGAGAAAGUUUCAGCGCUUGAAAUCCAUGGAGAUCUUUCCCAACUCAUAUAUGGUUUCAUACAUGGCUGGAGUACUUCUUCAGUCUUUACAGAACUUCAGAAAUUCCCAGUCACAGAGACUUUGUCAACAAUCUGGGGAUCCACACCUUUCCAGAUUUCAUAUCCAGUCCGCAGCCCAGCACUUCCCCAUGUGGGUAAAAUACCAGGAGGGAUUAAACAAGACAUGGCUGUAUUCGUCCAAGGGACUCUUCCUUCAGAUGCCAAAAGCUUUGCAAUAAAUUUCAAAACGGGGCCGUCUGAUGGUGAUGAUAUCGCUUUUCAUUACAACCCUCGCAUUGGUGAUAUUACCGCCCUGAACAGCUUCAGAAACGGAACCUGGGAGACACAGGAAAAUGCACCUGAUAAACCCUUCACUAAGGGAGAAGCCUUCCAAAUGAUUGUACCCAUCAACUCUGAGGGUUAUGAGGUCUAUGUGAAUGGCUUAAGGCAGUGUGGGUUUAAGCACCGCAUACCUUUUGAGAACGUUUCAGCGCUUGAAAUCCAUGGAGAUCUUUCCCAACUCAUAUAUGGUUUCAUACAUAGCUGGAGUACGUCUUCAUUCUUUAAAGAACUUCAGAAAUUCCCAGUCACAGAGAGUUUAUCCACACCUUUCCAGAUUUCACAUCCAAUCAGCAACCCAACACUUCCCUAUGUGGGUAAAAUACCAGGAGGGAUUAAACAAGACAUGGCUGUAUUCUUCCAAGGGACUCUUCCUUCAGAUGCCAAAAGCUUUGCAGUAAAUUUCAAAACGGGGCCGUCUGAUGGUGAUGAUAUCGCUUUUCAUUACAACCCUCGCAUUGGUGAUAUUACCGCCCUGAACAGCUUCAGAAACGGAACCUGGGAGACACAGGAAAAUGCACCUGAUAAACCCUUCACUAAGGGAGAAGCCUUCCAAAUGAUUGUACCCAUCAACUCUGAGGGUUAUGAGGUCUAUGUGAAUGGCUUAAGGCAGUGUGGGUUUAAGCACCGCAUACCUUUUGAGAACGUUUCAGCGCUUGAAAUCCAUGGAGAUCUGUCCCUACUCAUAUGUGGUUUUAUACAUGGCUGGAGUACUUCUUCAUUCUUUACAGAACUUCAGAAAAUCUCAGUCACAGAGAGUUUAUCCACAGUCUCGGGAUCCACACCUUUCCAGAUUUCACAUCCAAUCAGCAACCCAACACUUCCCCAUGUGGGUAAAAUACCAGGAGGGAUUAAACAAGACAUGGCUGUAUUCUUCCAAGGGACUCUUCCUUCAGAUGCCAAACGCUUUGCAAUAAAUUUCAAAACGGGGCCGUCUGAUGGUGAUGAUAUCGCUUUUCAUUACAACCCUCGCAUUGGUGAUAUUACCGCUCUGAACAGCUUCAGAAACGGAACCUGGGAGACACAGGAAAAUGCACCUGAUAAACCCUUCACUAAGGGAGAAGCCUUCCAAAUCAUUAUACCCAUCAACUCUGAGGGUUAUGAGGUCUAUGUGAAUGGCUUAAGGCAGUGUGGGUUUAAGCACCGCAUACCUUUUGAGAACGUUUCAGCGCUUGAAAUCCAUGGAGAUCUUUCCCUACUCAUAUAUGGUUUCAUACAUAGCUGGAGUACGUCUUCAUUCUUUACAGAACUUCAGAAAAUCUCAGUCACAGAGAUUUCAUCCACAACCUCAGAAUCCGCAACUUUCCAGAUUUCACAUCCAAUCAUUAACCCAGAACUUCCCUAUGGAUGUAAAAUACCAGUAGGUAUUAAACAAAACAUGGCUGUGAUCUUCCAAGGGACUUUUAAUCCAGAUGGUAAACGAUUUGCAAUCGAUUUCACUGAUGGUAAAGACGUCGCUUUUCAUUACAACCCUCGCCUUGGUCAAUAUACCGCUCUGAACAGCUUCAGAAAUGGAAACUGGGAUCCAGAGGAAAAUGCACCUGAUAAACCCUUCACCGCAGGAGAAGCCUUCCAAAUUAUUGUAGCCAUGAAGUCUGAGGGUUAUCAGGUUUAUGUGAACACAGUGAACCACUGCACAUUUAAACAUCGCAUGCCUUUAGAGAAAGUUUCUGCAAUUAAUAUUCAUGGAGACAUUACCAUUCAGCUCAUUGGUUUUAUUGAAAACUGGACGAUUGGAUAAAUUACAAAAGAGCAAAGCACACAAAUGGGGAGAACGUUCCAGAGGCUAAAGGUUUUGCAGCAGUAAUUCUGUUUAAAAGCAUGGAUAGAUUUCAAAAAUAAUCUCUUGUUCAAUUUGCAUGUAAUGCUCAUUAUGCUUUGGUACAAAUCAUACAACUUGGAACCUCUACUCUGGACAUUUUACCCACCAGUCUGAACAAAAGAAGCCCUAACUAUUUAAAGCACACUGUCUCAACUUCCUUGGUUUUCAAAUGAAAUUAUGAUUUCAUAUGGUCAUAAAAUUAUUUGCUCUUAAUCAUGCCUCUAACAUCAUAAACAUUUAUACGUGAAAUGUCCAGAAAACCAAAAAUCCAAGGUUAUAUUCACAAUUAAUUCAUAUUUUUUGAUCCAUAAAUGCAAUGAUUUUUUGGAUACGGAAGCAUCUAAGGAUCAGAUAUUUACUUUUUUUGAUUCAUAAGUUUGCUGCGAGGCCUACUUGGAUACUUCUCUUGCCAAUGGAGCCAGAAUUCAUAAUUUUCAUGUUUGCAAAAAUGCAGGAUGAAGUGAUAAGGCCGUCCAGAAGCUACAAAUGAACUUCUGGGCAGAUAUUUGUUGAAUGGUAGCUUGUCUGGCCAGCGAUCUACACUGGAAAGGCUUGAAUGGGUUUAAGCUUGCUUUAUGAUUCUCCAUUAGAGAGACUCAAUAGGGGGAAUUCAGGGAACAUAAGGUAACUUUUCCUUCAUUUGUCUUAUGGGUUAAAGGGCAAACAUUAGUUAAUUCAUAUUUAGUCCUGUUUUAGAGAACCUUUUGGGAAUUAUCAUGCCUUUUACCUUCUAGUUUAUGGCUUAAUUUUUGCUUGAAAUGGAAAUCAAUGUUAAACCGAUUUACUGCUGAAUUUCUCGCUUAAUUCUCAAUAAACAAAGGGAAUCUGAA